UAUGUAUCUAAAACAAACUUUAGUCACGCUUGAAAAGUAAGAUUGGUGAAAAUAAUAGUAACACGCAAGGCGCUGUUUCGCUUUUCAUUGUUUACGAAACGCGGGAGAGGAAGGAAGGAAGGAGAAUAAGGUGGCGGGAGAGAGGGAAACUGAGAGGCUGUGGCACCAUGGAUAUUCGUCGAUAUUUUGCUCCUGCUGGUGGAAGCAAGCCUUCAGGAACAUCACAGCACUCCAAGCCAAAGAAAAAGAGAAAUGUGAUUCAUGAUUCAGAUGAGGAGUCGCCCUCCCCAGUUGUCACCAAGAAGCAGCGCAUUGUCGUUCUGGACUCUGACUCAGAUGAAGAGUUGUUCAAGAAGAGUAGUAAGAAGGAAGAGAAAAUCUCUAAGACCACCAAACACAACCCUCAACAAAAACCAGAGUCUCCUAAGUACAAGCCCAUAACUGCUGCGAGUUUCUUUGGCACAGAGCCUGUGACCUCUAAGGACAAGAUCACCUCCAAGAAGAAGAACAAUGACAGCAGUGAGAAAGCAUUUGAAAAAACACUGCAACAGCUAGAUGAAGAGGAUUUUGAGAUACUUAAGGAAAUUAAGGAGAGUUCUAAACACCGCUCAGCUGUGGACCAUAGUUCAAAGUCAAGUGAAAGCUUUGAGAAAACCUUAAAGCAGCUAGAUGAGCAGAAGACUCACCAUAAGGAAGUUAAGGCCAGUCCCAAGCACUCUUCUGUUGCAGAACCAAAACCAAAGCCGAAUGAAAACAGUCCCCCAGAAAAGAAAACUGCAAAAGAAAUUCCUGCCAAGCAAUCAACUGCAAGUAAAUUAGGUUCAAAACUAAAGAGAUUUGAGUUUGGAAAAAGAGAUCAUGGUGGCUGCCAGAAUGAAGAUGAGUUGCAACACAAGGACAAGAAAGUUAAACUGGUGUCAGAAGAAAAGGAAAGGAUGCCCAAAUACAAACGAGACAGUCCCCAGAAGAAGACAUCACCGCAAAAAGACAUUAAGGUCAAGAGUGAACAGAAAAAGAGUACUAAGGAGGAGAAAAUUGACACAGACUCCAAGAAAGUGAGUGGGCAGUCCAGCAAAGAGGGAAUAUCUCAGAAGGAGGAUAAGAAGGAUGUUCAAAUGAAAGAGAGGCAUAUUGUGCCAGAAAAGAAGGUUACCCCCAAGAAAGCUGUUAAGGAGAACACCCAAGCACCAGACACAACACCACAAGAUGAGAAGAAGAAAGCUGCAAGAGAUGCUUACCUCAAGUUCAGGCAGAGGUCUGGGCCAGCAAAUCCUGGCAGCAAAGAAAUACCUGAGGGGAAACCAGACUGCCUCCAGGGACUUGUGUUUGUUCUGAGUGGUGUGUUUGAUAGCUUGGAUCGGGAAGAGGCCACAGAGAUUGUCAAGAAGUAUGGUGGAAAAGUCACCACCUCUGUGAGCCGCAAUACUAGCUAUCUAGUAGUGGGUGUGGAGGCUGGUGAGAGUAAGCUGAAGAAGGCUGAGCAACUGGGCACCAAGCAGAUAGAUGAAGAUGGACUGCUGGAGCUCAUUGCAACUCUGCCAGGAAAGGAGAGCAAAGAGGCAACCCCCAAGCAAGCAACUUCUGGUUCAAGUAAGCUGAAGAAAUUUGCCAGAGAGAGUGAACCUAAGGAGGCACCCACACUUGCCUCUCAGUCAGCCAGCCCCAGCACACCUGACAGUUUGGUCACCAGUACCACAACUCCCAAGAGGUCACUUUCAAGCUCCCAGGCAUCUUUAACAUCUCAGGAAAGUGGAAGUCCCUCCUCAAGUACCUCCUCUCCCAGAACACAGUCUAUCUCCUCCCAGGAACUAAAUAGCAGAUCAGAAGAUGCUCUCAUGUGGGUAGACAAGUAUAAACCAGCCUCCACCAAGAACAUCAUUGGACAGCAAGGUGGUGCAUCUAAUGUCAAGAAACUGCUAAAUUGGCUUCAGAACUGGCAGAAAAACCAGCUGGGAGAUAAGAGGCCACCCAUGCCCAGUCCAUGGGCCAAAGAUGACACAGGGGGUUACUACAAAGCUGCCCUCCUCUCAGGUCCUCCUGGUGUAGGGAAAACAACAACAGCUCACCUGGUGUGUAAAGAGAUGGGCUAUGAUGUUCUGGAGCUGAAUGCUUCUGAUGCCCGAUCAAAAAAAUCCAUUGAUCAGGUUGUGUCAGAGCUUCUUGGUAACAAGAGUCUGGCUGGGUUUGCAACAGGAGGGGGCCACACGAGCUCCAGACACGCAUUGGUCAUGGACGAGGUUGAUGGAAUGUCUGGCAAUGAAGAUAGAGGAGGAGUUCAGGAGUUGAUUGCUCUUAUUAAGAAAUCCAAGAUUCCUAUUAUUGCUAUGUGUAAUGAUAGGAAUCAUCCCAAAAUAAGGUCUUUAGCAAAUCAUUGCUUUGACCUCAGGUUUUAUAAGCCUAGAAUUGAACAAAUAAGGGGACCCAUGAUGAGUGUCUGUUAUCGGGAAGGCAUCAAGAUCAAGUCUGAAGCUCUGGACCAGAUCAUCAUUGGAUCAAAUCAGGACAUUAGGCAAGUCCUGCAUCACCUCUCCAUGUGGUCAGUCAAGGAGAAGAACCUCCAGACUGAUGAUGUGAAGAAAGAAGCAAAGAAAGCCCAUAAAGACUUUAAAAAGGGUCCUUGGGAUGUGUGCAGAACAGUUUUUACUGAGUCUGAACACAAGAACCUUAACAUUCAUGAGAAGUCAGAUCUGUUCUUUAAUGACUACUCAAUUGCUCCUCUCUUCGUCCAAGAAAAUUAUCCAAAGGUUGUCCCUCAUAGUGCAAAAGGUAACCGUAGGGCAACUCUGCAACAGCUGGCCAAGACUGCUGCCUCAGUAGCUGAUGGGGACCUAGUGGGGCAGCUCAUACGGUCCCACGGUUCUUGGUCCCUUCUCCCCACACAGGCUAUGUUCAGCAGUGUGAUCCCUGGGGAGUACAUGUCUGGUCACCUGGCAGCUCAGAUUGAUUUCCCAGCCUGGUUUGGUAAGAACAGUCGCCGCAACAAGCUGGACAGACUUGCACAGGAGCUUCAAAUGCACAUGAGGCUCAGGAUAUCUGGAAGCAAGAGAGAUGUGGGCAUGGACUACUGUGAGAUGAUGAGGGACAUUAUUGUGACCCCCCUGGUGAAGUAUGGAGCUGAAGGAGUGGACAAAGCAGUGGAGGCUAUGAACUCAUACGAUCUGCUGAGGGAGGACCUUGAGUCACUGCUGGAAUUGUCAAGCUGGCCCAAUAGCAAGAACCCAAUGAACACAGUGGAAAGCAAGGUCAAGGCAGCAUUCACUCGGAAGUUCAAUAAGGAUUGCCACCUGACACCAUUUGCUGCACCCUCCAUUAAGAAGAAGAAAGGGAAACCAUCAGACUCUUAUGGGGAGGAAGAGGGGGAGGAGUCAGAGGAUGAAGAAGAGGAAGAGGAUGACCUAGGAACAAGUGGCAUGAUAAAGGUAAAAGUAGGAGGCAGUAAAGGGCAGGGAUCAACAGCAGGAGCUGGGAGGGGCAGGGGGAGAGGAAGAGGAGGAGGAGCAACAGCUGCAACAAGAGGAGGAAGAGGUAGGGCGAAGAAGUAACUGUGGAUUAAGUAUUAAUUAUUAUAAUCUACUAAAUGCAUAAUGUAACAUGAAAUAAAAAAAAAUUUAAAAAAAUUUGAGGGAAAGAUACAUUUCCUUGAGUGAAGAAGUGCAAAUUGUGCUAAGGUUUUCUACUUGUGAUACCACUUUGUUCUUCCAAGUGUAGAGACAUGAAUUCAUGUUGAAAACAUUAUCUACACAGCAUAGUGGUAGUACUUUCAUUCUGUUACAUAUAUUUAAAAUAUAAAUCCAGGAUUUUAGAUUGGAAAAAUUACUUGUGUCUGUUUUAUGCUAAAAACAUUUUUAAUUAAGCAUCCUCUUGUAUUGGGGAUAUUUAAUGAAAUAUUUGUAUACUUGUUAUAUUUAAACAUGGGCAUGCUCUUAUGGGCAGUCUGAGUGAUGUACAAAACCAAAACCAUUUCUGUCAAGUGGCCACCACAGUUUGUAACAAACAACUUCUGCACAUCAAGUG